AUGUUGCUGCAUAAUGUUAUUGUCUUUCUUAUUUUUAUUCUCCUUCAUCAUGUCUGUGGAAACGAUGAUCUCUGUCGAUUAAUUGAACUCGAUGUGCCACAGGGCGUCAUUUCCUAUCAGUUCAAUGAUGUUCAAGAGAAAUUGUUUUAUAAAACGGAUUAUAUCUGUCAAAAUAAACCAGUUUUUCGCUCGAUGAAAUAUUCAAAUCUGUAUCAGUUUCAAUCAUCGACAAAUCGCCGGUGGUCUCUCUACGAUACCACUAAUUCAACGUAUAAAAUAGGACGUCGCGAAUGGUGUGAUGGCUGGAAUAUGAAACCACUACUUUCUAUGUCAUUAGGCAUGUUUCAACAUCCACUUGGAAAACAACGGCGAGGGCAACGGUGGCAACAGGUGAUUGUUCAUGAGACAAAUAACAGUUAUACAUACAAACCCACACCAAAUGUUCAUCUCAAAUGUUACUAUGCAUCAUCACCGUCAUCGCCAUGUCAAACGCGUCAAUUAGCUUUUCUCUUUGAUUUAACUGAAACAACAACGGACCAGGAAUUUCAUCAAAUGAAAUUAUUGGCUAAAUCUCUUAUCUGGUUACUCUAUAAUCAAACACAAGUUGCUCUAAGUUAUUAUCGUGAUACAUUUCAUUUGAUGCAUUCAUUUGACAAUCAGACAUCAUCGAAAAGUCUUGAACAAUUGUUUGACUCAAUUGACGCGCUCAAUAAACAAUUAGAAACGCCAAAGCGUUUCACUGUGCGAUGGGCAGAAGCUAUACAUAAUGUUGCAACACAAAUCUUCAAGCGUCGUCUCUUGCUACCAAUGAGUGUAAUCAAUUCUACUGAUCAAUACCAAUCAUCAACGAAUGAGACAACUGACGAUGAAGUCUAUACGGAACCAUAUCCAUUAAUCUACUCAGAUGACCUCGCAAUACUGACAAUUCUUAAUAUAACAACAGAACCGUAUCGAGACAAGCGCUCAAUCAAUACGAAACACGAUAGAAAAAAUCAUGUUCUUAUCCUGUUGACAUCACGUUCAAAAGAUAUCUAUGAUUACAAACAACGUGAUAGACGUUUAGCACAAUUUGUUGCAUCGGUGCCACUACGAAUCAUGGUAGUUGAUUUUAAUAAACUAUCAGAUAGGAGGGUAGCUGAAUAUAUACACUCAGCAUUUGUUCAUAGUGCUAAGUAUGCUUUAGUUUCGCCACCCGCGACAUAUAAUUAUAUUAAAACCUACGAGAAACUUGGUGAUGCUGUACAUGGAACUCAACUCUUCGAUCAUUACGAUCGCAUAUGUCAAACCGUUGACGAACUACUUCUAAAUCAAAACUAUACUUCUAAUAUCAUAGAAGCGGACGUUCGCUCCACAGGUGAAUGCCCACUAUUGACAUUGUCAGACAAUCAAGAUAUGAGCUCGAGUUUAAAAGAAAAAUUCGAUUAUACAUUUUAUCAAACAACUGACCGAUGCUUUUUUGCACCUGUCUAUCGGUCAUUGGGUGAUCGGAAUAUAUAUGCGCAGAAAAUACCAAACGGUCGUUGGGUGAUUAUUAAUGUGGAUCCACUACUGCCGUCGACAAUGACUGUCCAACAAAGACUGGCGUUAACCACUACCAGUACCCUAGCACCGGAGUUCGUGGAUGCAAGCGACUAUGCCAAUGGUCCACUGAUUGAUGAUAAUUAUGUCAACAACAAUCGAACAAUAUAUACCGAAAUGCCGAUGAGUGUUCCACAUUGUUCGAAUACUCCGGGUAUAGACGUUCUAUGGGAAAGCGAGGGUAACUAUGGCAUGAAUGACUAUUCUUUACGUACGCCUCGACAAUGGAUAUCAUAUACCAAUCAGUCUGAUUUGGUUCCCCCAGUUUGUAACAAUUUUGCAUUAUCACAGGAAAUCAAAUCAAUGUCAUAA